UGGCCGCUCAGGGGCAGGAAGCAGUAAAAUCAUCUGAUCAUCUGAGCAACUUUUUUUGUUUACCAUGAGAUGUAUGUGGUUACAGAGUUGAAACGAUUUUAAUUUGUAUAGAACACUACAGCUAAUAUGAACAGACACCAAAUCCUCACAGGAGCUUGCAAUGGGGGAUACUGUUAUGCUCUGGGAAGUGUUGAAGGUGUCGUUUUUAUUGCUUAUGCUUCAGGAUGUGAUAUCGUCAUUUUAGCCAGCAACUUUGAGCGGGUGGUCACCAUCCCUGGUGUGCUCAGAGGGAGUAUCAAGGUCAGCUGUGUGGACUGUUCUACAGAUACAGGCAAGAUUGCUGCAAGUUUUGGCAGAAAAAUUCAUAUCUUUGAACCCACACCAUCCAGCACAGAGAGCGGCCAUGGCUCACAAUUAGGGAGAAAGCCAAAGAAGCUAGACUAUAGAUGGUUUCCUACUGCUGAGCUGGAUGCUGACUGUUAUGUGGAUUGUUUGAGUUGGAAUGUGGAAGGCUCCCGUCUCCUGACUGGUGGUGAGUACAUCCAAAUGUGGGAGUUUGUGCACAAUGCCCCACCCCCACCAGCCACCCCACAGAAGGUGUCCUUCACCCUGGGUGUUGGCCACUGUGAUGAUGACGACCCAGUGACCCACAGGCUGGUGCAGGCUAUAGCAGACCCUGACCAUGUCACUGACCUCCAGCCUGACCCUGGCUCCUGGGAAUGUGUUUGGAAAACAAAACCUGCGUCUCCUGUGACUCAUCUAGAAUAUUCUCCUGACAGUUUUGUGUUUGCUUCAUUAGGCAAGAAUGAACGACUUGUGAAAAUCUGGUAUGAGGACCAAAAAGUAUCCCAAGGACUGAUGCGCCAUGACAGUGUGCUGAGCCCCAAGAAGUGCUCCAUCCACUACACGUUUGUUUACAUAAGCCACCCGCGGGCUGUCACAGGCUUUGAGUGGAGACAGACCAGCAAAUACAUGCCAAGGGGUUCUGUGGCCAACAUGAUGGUGACGUCUUGUGAGGAUAAUGUCUGUCGCAUAUUUGUUGAGACCAUCCUGCCUGACGCCGGCUUGCUGGACCUGGAGCAGUUUGACCCGGCCAUGUCGUCAGACCCCAAGUACCACACACAAAGACACAAGAAAAGAUUUGUUCAGAGGCUCAAGAACUUAAAGGUGUUUCACAAGCGCAGAAAACAGUCCAAGUUGGGCUCAGAUAACUUGUUGAAUGGCCAAACUCUACAGAACUCCUCCAGUGUACACGACUUCCACAAGUUUGCCAUUCAUCACAAUGGUGUCUCACCUGUACUACAUUUCCAUCUCGCCUGCAGUAUUAAUCCUGAUACAGAUAUCCCCCUACUGCCCAUAGUUGGCAACAAGGAGGAUGUAGACAACAACUUCAGGCUGCACUGGCUGAACAACAAAGAGCUGGAGUUCACCAUGGAGGCUGAGAAGCUUCUGCAGGAGUUACACCAGAGGUUGAUAGCAGAAGAAGGUGACCAGCAGUCAUCCACACCCAACCAGCUGCUCAGUGAUGUGGAGGAUGAAGAUGAGCAGCUGGAUGCAGACAGUUCACACAGACCAGCCAAGCUAAAGACAGAGAGAAACAGAGUGAAGGAGAAUGGCAUCUCCUCACAUCACUCCAGCUUCUCAUCCAAUGAGGACAUCAACCCAGACGGAGACCAUCCUCCUGAGUUUCCUAUCCACCUGCUACAGUCUGGCCUGAUUGACCGCCUGGACCGUAAAAUUGAUGCUCUCCUCCUGGACUGGCACAGUAACCCCGACUAUGUCUUCUGUAUUCACCCUGUGGAUGGCAGCUUUCUUGUCUGGCUAAUUGACCACCUUGAUGAAAGCACACCCUUCACCUUCCAUCAAGCACAAGCCAGUUUUUCCUCCCGUCUGCCGCGUGCCGUCCCCAUCCCUGAUGCGCGGAGCAUGUCCAGCAAGUUGUUGAUGUACUGCAACUACAGCAAGAUGGACAGCAAGAGUCCAGUGGGAGACAAGACAAGCUCUGGCCAUAAGCUGGGCACCAUGUUGGUCCCCAGCAUCCAUAUGGUGACCAAACACAGCAACGGCUCACUCAACCAGUGGCAGGUCAGUUUUGCUGAAAAAACCAAGUUCCAAAAUAUUGUCAGUGUUUCCCACGUGUCACGUGCAUGUGGUCACCGCUUCCGCACCAACUCGGCCGCCUGCCACCCAGUCCUGCCACUGAUGCUGACCACAUCCCACCACAACCUGCCUGGAAGUGACGAGCCAACAUCCAAACAGGAGAAUGACGCUGAAGACUGGAGACAGACUGGCCCAACCUUCUGCAGUGAGCUGAUACUCUGGCAGGUGGUGCCUGUGGGGCCACUGUCCAAGUCAGGUGGGCUGACGGAACUGUGUCGCAUCAACAACUCCUGCCCCUCAGCUUUCACCAGUGUUGCCUGGGUGCCCACCUUGCUGCCCAGCACCAGUUUGGGUUCUUACAGCAACAGUCCCAGUGCUCUGUUUGUGGCAUCAGAUGGAAACUGUCUGCGGCUCUUCCAGGCUGUCAUAGACGCCAGGUCACUUCUGCUAGACAAGACACAACCAACAAAAGCCAGCCUGUCUAAUGCCAGUACUAGCUCAGGCUCCAGCUACCAUGAGCUGCCUAAAAAAACAUGUCUAGACCUCUUCAACAUUGUGUCCCUGCAGUCCUCCGCCAGACCUGGCUGUGUGCUGGAGUUGGAUGCCAUUAGUGAUGCUCUACAGGAUUGGCAGAACAUUGAGCUGCUUCACGUGUACCAGGAACAGCUGAUCACUGGUGAGGACGCUGAAGGCUCCAUCGAGGCGGUCGUUGACCUGAGCUCCCAGCACACCUUUGAUGAGAACUUUUACCUGCUUGUGCUGGAGAAGGUGGAGACAAAUGGCAGUCUGUUGCACAUGUGGAAAAUCACCAUCGACUCCCAGCCCUCUGCUGACAAGACAGGCAAUGCUGGUGAGUGGGACCAAUACAAGUCUCUUGUGGACAGCUACAACGAUGAACUCAGUCCCAAUGGAGUGGACUACAGCGCUGUCUUCCCCAAGUCUUCAUCCAGCCACGUCAUGACCAUGUCUGUCAGGACCACUAAAGUGUGCACCCAAAAGCUCUCACUGCCCACUGAUGUGGAGGUGGUGUCUGCCGCUGUGUCAGGUGGCCAUCUGAGCUCUGCCUCCAUCUACCCGGCCUGCUUGGCCCCCUACCAGUUUGUCACGGCCUGUUCAGAUGGGAAGGUGCGCUUCUGGAGGUGCAGCGUGGCCAGCAUGCCUGCAGAGACCAGCAGCUGCAGCGUGACCAGCUACGAGUUCUCCAUGGAUGAGACCCAGGUCCAGCCCCAGGUCAGGUCCAGGAGGGAGGAGAUGAGGAGAGAGCACAGCUACAGCUGGAGCCAGUGGGAGCUGACCACCUCCUCCCUCAACAAGUCCAGCGCUGUCAAGGUGGAAGGCAAGCCCAUCGCUGUAUGUUGUGCCUACAGUGGUCGCCUGGCUGUGGCCUUCAGGUCUGGGCCAGUCAGAAGUCAGCCCCAACAUCCAGAGAACAAGUUUGUCAACCUGCGCGUCAUCAUCUACGAAUGUGAAUCUACCGGUGGAUCUGAGUGGGUUCAAGAAGACAUCAUAGAGCUGAACAACACCAAAAUCCCGGACCCCAAACAUGAGAUUGACCUGUGCCUGCUCCACAGCUACGACACCCCCCAGAUGGCCGACCCCCUGGACAAGCCCGCUGUGCAAACAGCCACAGCCUUCAUGACCAGGACCAAGUCCGUGCCCAGCCUGAGCACCAUCCAGUCGGUCAGGAAGUCCAUCUCCCAGGCUGGUAACAAGAAGGGACUCCUCCAGCAGAAGUGUCUGGUGCAGCUUGACUGGGUCUCCACUGAAGAUGGCUCUCACCUGCUCACUGUUGGCGUGGGAUCCAAGAUCUUCAUUUAUGGACAGGUGUCGUAUGAGAUUGCCAGAUCCCUGAGGUCACUGAACCAUGAGAGUGAGAGCACCAAGGAGGACAAGAGGUCAGCCUUUGCCAGCAGCAAACUGCUGACCAUCAACAAGUCCAUGGUGGCAGAGGAGGUGCAGGAGGAGAUCCGAUGGAUGCAGCUCAAGGGGAUAGAACUCUCCACGGCUGAUGGCUUACCUCCCCUACCCAUGCACAUGAGUUGGGUGCGGGCAGGAAUCUUGGUGGUGGGCAUGGACAACGAGAUGCAGGUGUUCACCCAGUGGAAGCCCACCAACCUUGACCUUGAAGAGCAGGUAGAAGAAGUGGCGACAGAUGACUGGCGCACCUUGACUGAGGCCAAACUUGUGACCGCAGCCUCCAGCCUGAACUUGUGUAGCAACUUUAAGUCCAAGUCCAACUUCAAAACCUCCUUGUCCAUGUCCAACUUCAAGCACGUCUCUGCCAGCAGUGCCCAGCUGCCAGUAGCCAAGAAAAUGCCAGUGGGAGCUGUAAAGCCAAGCCAGCCUCAAAACAUCUCCAACCUGCCGGUGCUCUUUGACACCGGUUUGUUUGAGGCUGGCAGGUUUGCCAACCCUGUCCUGCCCCAAUAUCACCCCAAGCUGCUGAUGGAGCUGCUCAACUUUGGCAAGACCAAGAGGGUCAAGGCCAUCCUGGCUCACCUGGUGCGCUGCAUCAGCUGCUCCAGUGGUGUGCAGACCAUGUACUCUGAAGAACACUUGGACAACGGCCAUUUGUCAGUCAAGUUGCCAAGACAAAGAAGUUCAUCAGUGCGCAGUGAGCAAGACUUGGGAGAUGGCGACGCGGCUUCCAUCAAUUAUGUGGAGAUCAAAUCCAUCCCCCCCCUGCCGCUGUAUGCCCUGAUAGCUGCUGACAGAGACACCUCGUCCUUCCACUCUGACAUCAAAGCUGGCCACGCCAACACAGAGAAAGACUACUCUGAGAUUCUAGAAAGCAACAUGAAGAAAACUGAAGAUGAUCUGGAUGAGCAGCUCCUCUCUACAUCAGCAGAGAGCACAGGUAGCGCCCGCCGUCCUCGCCUGCCCUCCAGUGGCAGCAAGCCCCACACAGACCCGUACAGCUUUAACCUGGCGCAGGCUGCGGUGCUCAGGGAGUAUCUCUUCAAGCUCAACCUGCCUGGCCUAUCUGGCAACGACCAGUUCUAUUUGGCUGCACUAGCCGAGGUCGUGGGAUCAACAACCUUAGACUUCAGAGAUGCCACACAUGCUGAGAAGAAAGAACAGCAGGACAGUGUUGAUGAAUGUGGCCUGAGGUUCCUGUUGGCCAUACGACAGUACCAGUGUCUGGUCAAGACUCUGCCUCCUAUACAGCGGGUUCCUUUGUUAGAGAAAGGCAUCAGAACAUUCCAUUUGGUUUGGGCUUUCCAUUCAGAGUCCAUCCAGGAACUGCUGUCAGCUAUCCCCUGUGUGAAGGCAGAAGAACCUGUGUGGGAAGAGCUGAAACUGUAUGGCAUAGGCUGGUGGCUCAACAACAUCACCCAGCUGAAAACUCUGAUGGUCAAGGUGGCAAACACAGCCUUUAAGAAAAGUAAAAAACCUAUGGAUGCUGCUAUCUACUAUCUGGCCAUGAAAAAGAAAACAAUUGUUAAAAGCAUGUUCAAGACAGUUCAGGAUAGUAAAAUGGAAUCAUUUUUUGGCCAAGACUUCAGCACAGAAACUCACCGCCGUGUGGCCAUGAAAAAUGCUUUCCAUUUGCUGUCCAAGGGUCAGUACCAGCACGCAGCUGCUCUGUUUUUUCUGGCUGGACAAGUGGACAACGCCAUCAAUGUAAUUUUGGACAAACUAGAAGAUGUCCAGCUGGCCAUUGUCUUGUGUCGUCUGUUUGACGACACUCUGCUGCCUGACACUGUCAGAAACUUGUAUUAUGAGAGAAUUCUGGGACUGGACAAAGAUGGCCACAACUAUGAUGCCAGGAAAGCUUCUCCAGAUCCCUUCCUGCGCUCCAUGGCACUCUGGCAAAUCAAAGACUACGAGUCGUCCCUCCAAACUUUGCUUGAGAAAAAUGUUGGUAAAUCCCAUGCAGAGUAUGGUGACAUGGACAAGCUGUUGCAGAUAACCAAAGUGUUUAACUUCUACAAUUAUUUAAGGACACAUCCCCUGAUAACUCGUCUACGCCUGGCAUCCUCUUCACUCAAGAGACGAACCAAGCUCAUCACUGGCUUCACACACACAGACUCGCUUGUCUCUGAGGGCAUCACCACCUUGGACCAGGUCACACCCUCGGAGCGCCAGCUCUUCUUUGCCACAGCCCAUGCUCACUUCCAGAAUGGCUGCCCGCUGGUGUCCAUUGAGGUGAUGAGAAAGCUGCCCAAGUGUCCGCUGCUAGUGGAGGAGGAUCUCCAGAAGAUGGCAUACUUCGCCAACAGGAGGCGCCAGUCACUCUAUGAGAUAGACAACACCACUGGAACCUUCCAGGACCUGAACAUCAUGGCGCAAGAAAAACUCUCACCUCUCAAGUCUCCUGACCCAUUUGCUGAACUUCAAGACAGCAGGGCAGACAGCUUUGGACAGCUCAAACAGACAGCUGUCUCCAUGGACUGGAGCACUCCAAGUCGUGUCCAUUUUCAAGAUGACCUUGACCUUGAGUUGGACUUGGGACUAGGUGAGGAUGAUGAGGACGAGAAUGAGCCAGCUGAGAAUAUAUCUGAAGAGGUCAAGUCUAAAGGUCAAAGUUCACUUGUCAAUGGCCACGAUGAGGAUGAGGAAAUGACAGAGGAAGGAAACCACAUUGAUAUUAUGUCACAACAGUACAAGUUUAUAGCUUGCUUGAAGGUGUUGAGUGAAGAACUGGGUAACCUAGCAACAGGGUUUGAAGUUGAUGGGGGACAACUCCGCCAACAGUUGUACAUAUGGCUUGAGAAGGAGGUUGAGAUACUCAGAGUUUUAUGUAACUAUGGGAAAAGUUUGGACAGCACACCUUUACCUCUACCUGACACAACAGAUGAAAGUUUCUUAGAUGAACCAAGUUUUGAUGAGAGUGAAGACUAUUUCAGCUCAGCCAAGCGCGGUCGAACUGUUUCCAUCAGGUCUGAUGCUUCUGUAGGGAAAGCAUCUUUGUAUGAAGUGAUGAAAGCAGAGAAGCAGGACCUCCAGAGUAAGGUGGCCCGUGUGGCCAGGAGGAAGGCGUGGCUGCGGGCCAACCAGCAUCUGCUGCGUACACUGGCAUCCUACUGCAUCCUUCAAGGCUCUGGUGGUGGCGGCCUGGCCUCAGUACGCAUGGAGAUCCUGCUCUUGCUGCAGGAGCUCCAACAAGAGAGGCCCCAGCAACAGCUGCUGUCACCAUUGCCCUAUCCCACAACCCUGCCCCUCCUCUCAGCCAGCAUUACCAGCAGUCGCAGUGUCAUAGCUGACCCCAUCCAGUACCUGCAGGGCAGCAUACAGGACCUGUUGCAGGCUGUGAUUGAGAUGGCCCAGCCACCAGACAUCAACACGGACAUUGUGCUGGUCAGCACGGUCAGGGACCUGGCAGUGGCACUGUCCUCAUGCAUCUACCAGAGUCUGUGUGACAGUGACACUUUCAAUGUCGACGUCACUCAUGUUGGCAUUGAUGGUUUUAUAAACCCUGAGUUCUCCUACCCGUCAAGCCAUCUGAUGGCAGGUGUCAAGCGUAUACGUCAGCGUAGUGUCAGCAGUGGGGAGGAAGUUGUCAACACACCCCCGGGGAAGUGGCCAGGUGUGGCAUCUCUGAAGGUUCUGUUAGCCAGAGAGAGAGACGAAGACGCCCCCAAGUUGACAGUGCUGCUGACAGAGUCCCUGCUGGCAGUGUACACAAGUCUGCUGGUCUCAGCACUCAGCAUGUACGACCCUCAGAUGAUCUACAGGCUGGUGGCCAACAAGUUGGACAGGCGAACCUGGGCCGCUCUCUUUGGUGGGGGCAACAAAACAGCCAUCAAGUCAGAGAAAACUAUCCCAAGGUCUCAGGAUGAAGUCAGCAAGCACCGAAUGAACUUCAACUAUAAAGUCAUGUCCAGCAGUGGGGUGGCCCCGCCCACCAGCUCACCUAUUGAGGUCAAGGAAACUUACAGGGAGAAGUUUAUCCCACCGGAAUUAAGCAUGGUCAACUACUUCAUGACCAAGCCAUUUGUGUCUUCUGACACCAUCUUGGACUACGACUCAGAUGAUUCUGUUGAGUCAGAGGAGGACUGGUCAUCUACAGAUGAGGACGAUGAUGAAGAUAUUCCUUAUAAAAAACCUCCAACUUCUCUAGGUAAGAAGGCCGCCAACAGUGAGCACUGUGACUCAGGUUCCUUCAGCUGGUGCAUCAUCCGUCAUGCUGUCCUCAAGUCUGUCAUCAGCAACCUUUCCAAAUUCUUGCCAGAGAUUGGCAUUGAACUGUCAGAGCUGCCCAAUGCAUCCCCAGCACUGCAUGCGCUGAUCAAAGUCCUGGAACAGUGGGACCAGCUGCUCCAGUCCCAGCUGAACCAGUAUGGGGGGGCUCCAGACAAUUACAUCCCCAACAUCAUGGGGGACCUGGCUAAUGGUCAGCCUCAGUCCAAGCUGCAAGCCUUGUACAGCCCAGACAACAGCCCAUUCAUCUCCAACCGCUCGACUCUCCCCAUCAGAAGACUCUGGUUCUACUUGCUACAACAGGAAAACCUGAAGGAAAUUUUCCUCAGAUUUGUUUACAAAAGGAAGAAGGAACCAGAGGAUAGUGAAAUGGCCUCCAUGAGAACAUCUAGCAGUGACAAUGAACAACAAAUCAGAGAUCCAAUGAAAAUUAUCCACAAAGAACAAGAUAUCAUUACAUCGUUUGCCAUUAACCAGGCUAACACCAACCUGCUGACCUUAGCUACACAAAAAGAAAUUGUUGAAUUAGACAUCGGCUACUUGCUGCAGCCACCAGUAUGGUUGGAGGAUGAAAAUGAAUACGACAUUGAGAUGUUAAAGAACCCCAACCCAGGCUCAGAGAACCCAGACUUCCUGGUGGUCCAGACGCCAAUGGACACCCUGCAGCCCAUGAGUGGCACCCAGACACCCAGCACCUCCUACAUGCCCUCCCCCAGUUCCAGCCAGUUCAACCUGCAGACAGGGCGGGGCUCCACUGUGCCUUUAUACCAAGCUAGAACUCAUACAAAAACGAUACUUAGAAGACCUGUGAUGGGUGUCAGACGAAUAGGCUCUCAUCCAGUGUUACCUCACUACUUGACUGGGGGUGCUGAUGGGGCGGUGCGCCUGUGGGAGUGGGGCCAUGGCCAGCCUAUCACCACACUGAGACAAUCUGGUUCCUUUCCUAAAGUCACCAAAGUACUUUUCAAUGCACAGGGUAACAAGUGUUGUGUGAGUGACACAGAGGGCAGUGUCUGUCUGUGGCAAGUGGGAGUUGGCAGCAACUACAACAAACCCAUUAUGAGCCUUCAGUGCCACAACAAAACCACAAGUGACUUCCAGUUUGUUGGCUCCUCCAGUCUGAUAGCCACAGCAGGACAGUCAUCUGAGCACAAGAAUGUUUGCAUCUGGGACACCUUGCUGCCCCAUAGGAGUUCUCUGGUCCAUGCAUUCCAGUGCCAUGAACAGGGCAGCCCAGCUCUUGUCUACGCUUCACGCCAACAUUUGCUGAUUAGUGGGGGCAGGAAAGGAGAAAUAUGUAUAUUUGAUCUACGUCAGCGCAUAUUGAAGCACACAUUCCAGGCCCACGAAGCUCCCAUCAAAUGUUUGGCUAUAGAUCCAGAUGAGGAUUACUUUAUAACAGGCUCAGCUGAUGGGGAUAUCAAGGUCUGGGGCCUCAAGAUCCACCAGUUAAUCUUCUCUUUUCCCAUGGAACACAGCAAGAACACUUUCUUCAAGAAUGUUGGCUCAACAUCAGGUGUGGCUCAGGUGCAGAUCGGCCCAUUAAAUCACAUGUACUCGUGUGGGGUGGAUGGCUCCAUGAAGUUCAGACAGCUCAAGGAAAGGGAGCUUGUUGUACAUCACUGGGCUUAAGUCCCCUUAGUGCUGGUAUACACCAGAUUAGCUUAUUGAAUCUAGAGUUUAGAGCCAGUCAUUGUAGCAGUUCAUUCACAUUUUUAAAACUUUAUUUCCAAACUUUUAAAACUUGUCUCUAGAUAAUUUUGAUUUAUGCAUGGUUAAAUAUUUGAUAGAAAUGUAAAGUUGAUAUCUUUUAUUUUAAAAUAUUAUAAACAGAUUUGUGUUCCCUUGAUGUGCAAUAGAAACUGGCAGUUGCAUUAUUUGAUGAAUUAAAUGUUUUUCAUACUGAUGUGUACAUUCCUAAGACAUAAUAUCUGUUUCAAAUCAUGUAACUUGUGAGUAAAUUAUUUUUUUUUUUGCAUGCCUAGUUCAUCUUUGAUGAGUUUAGUAUUUAAUUCUAAGAGUAGAAUUAGUGCUGAACAUGUACUUGUGUAGUGGGUGGGUUGAGUCAGUCCACCCUAAGACAUCUGUAGCGGGUGGGUUGGGUCAGUCCACCCUAUGAUAUCUGUAGUGGGUGGGUUGGGUCAGUCCACUCUGAUAUCUGUAGUGGGUGGGUUGGGUCAGUCCACCCUAAGACAUCUGUAGCGGGUGGGUUGGGUCAGUCCACCCUAUGAUAUCUGUAGUGGGUGGGUUGGGUCAGUCCACCCUAUGAUAUCUGUCUGUUUUUCUUGUGCUAGAAGAGUGUGGCCUGCAUGAGAUUUUCUUAUGUGUAAAUGCUGUGUAUCUGGUCAUUAUAUGAAUUUGUUUUGAUCUGGGACCAAAGUGGGAUCUUGCUCACUGCCUGCUGUGAUGCCAAUCUUGGUUGUGGUCAGCUCAAAGAUUUCUCAUUUAUAGGAUUAGAUUAAUUAAAAAAAUAAUUAUAUAAAUGUCUGUAGGAAAAAGCUUACGUAACUUGAUUUUAUUUUUAAUUUAUUUAUGUUUAUCUGAAGAAUUAGUCAUACAAUUCAAUAAAAAGUUUUUAUUUUUUUUUUUAUUUGCACUAUUAAUUUUUAGAGAUAACCAUAAAGAGUACAAUUGGACAUAGAAGUUAUUUGAUGUAUACAAACUUGUACAAUUGGAUGUAGAAGUUAUUUGAUGUAUACAAACUUAGCAUAAAAAAAUGUUUAUUAGUUAAUACAUGGGAGGCAUAAAUAAUGUAACUGUGUUACUGAAAAGAUUUUUUGCUGCAGCUGUUUGAAGUUCUUAGUGUACUUAAUAUUUGAGCUGAAAUGUAAUUAUUAGCUUGAGGCUAGUGGGACUUGAGGAUUUAACUUUGCCAGUUGUUUAUUCUGUAUGAUAAAGGCUGUCUAAAUGGAAGAAUCCUCAGUUGUCCCUGCAUACUGACUGUAAUAGGCUCUAUCUGAUGAGCCAACUUGUGAUAACCAAAAGGCUCAUUCAUACGCAUGUUAAAUAUUUGUACAGCUUUAGAAUGUGAUAUGUGUAAAAAAAAAUCAUUUCUAAGAGUGUUUCUUGAAAAUAGUAUCACCAACAAUUGUACUCAAGAAUUUUUUUUAUUUUGUCAAAAACAUGGGGAGAGUGAGGGUAGUUAUAUGGUGGAUUUGGCAAAACAAUUAUUUAAGGUCAAUACUUCUUGACCUCUAUUGGAAUAAUUGUCAUUAACUAAAUGAGUACUGGGGAUCAUGCACAUAAUAUUACUCCAUUGGAAAGACAAAAAGCUUUUACAACUUUUUUUUAAAAAUAAUGGGGGAUGAGAUUGUCAAAAUUUUAUUUUGAAAGUAUUUUCAAAUACCAAGGUAGGGUGUACAAGGCAUACAUACUAUGGGGGAGCUAGUUUGGUCAAAAAAUGUUUUUAUUUCUGCUGUAUGUGCAAGAUCCUUAAUUUACCUAUGUUUUUGAGUUUGAAUUAAUAUAUUAUAUUAUUGGGUUUUUUGUAUAGGCCUGUUGGAAACUUUUCAUUUGUUUAAAGGCUUUGUACCUCUGUAAAAAUUAUUUUUUUAAUUUUUAGUUAUAUUCUUAACUGGAUUAAUUUGAUCUGUUUGCUAAUUUUCUUAAGAUUCAAGUGAUUAAAAAUAGUACCUUUAAACAAGUUUGGCUAAAAACCUUUCAUAAAUUGUAUCCUUUCAAAAGUGUUUUUGGUAGAGAUUAAAGAGAGACUGUUUCAGUCAUCAGACAUGUGGGCUUUUUUUGGCAGAGAAAGGAAUGUUGGUGUAUUCUUAUUUUGUGAAUGGUAACUGCUAUGCAUAAAGUGAUCUCUGUCAUCUAAUUGCUUGUAGAUUAAGAACUGUUUAAAGUGUACCUACAUUAUCUUUUUUUCAGUGUUGAAAAGUGUUACGCAUUUUUGAAUACUUUCAUUUCAUAGAGCUUUACAUCAAGUUUUGGCUUUUUUUUUUCGUUUUGUAUCAAAUAUUUUAAACAUUUAAUUCACUCUUAUUGUUAAGGUACAUUUUAUUUUAAUUUACCUUAAAUUAUGCAAUAACUAAGAUACAUUUGAAAAUGUUUUUGUUUUACUUAACAAAACUUUGUUUUAGCAAAGACGAUUCUACAGGGCAAAGUGUUUGAGUAGCUCCAUCAAUUAAUUCCAUUUUUAAACUGUUUCUGGUAACAUUGUGUGAGUGUUUAGCAAUAUUCAUUCAACCAUUUUGUAACUCCUUUUUUCACAUAUGUGUCUUUCAAUCAAUUUAAUUUGUACAUAAAAUAAUUGUAUAGAAUGUAGCUGGAGUUUACUUCAUGAGAUGUAGUCAUGUUCAUUAGUAUUACAUUUUAUUUUAUUCAUUAUUGGGAGGGGGGGGAGUAAAAUUUUAAUUUCUUUUUAAACAAAUAAAAUUUAUUGUCUGAAAAUGUGUCAUUUUACAAGCGUUUAUUUAACUUGCUUCCUCUGUCUGUCUGUCCACAUAGAUAGAAACAUGCGAGCAAAAUUUCUGGCUGACAGAUUCGUUUCAAAGUUGGCAAGUGGGUCAAGACUUGACUAAUUAGAAUUAAUUUAAAUUUCUGAAAUAGUAUUCCACACUAUUAUAUGUGCCUUAUCAUGUUGAUUUGGUGCGCAAUUGUUUUUAGUCAUGAAACUAUUGUAAAUAAAAAGUACUGAAAAA